AUGUCGUCGUCAGAGGGUGCACCGGAGUCAUGGAUCUCCUCGUUUUGCUCGCUGAUGGGUCACGAGUUCUUCGCGGAGGUUUCCGAGGACUUCAUUGAGGAUGAUUUCAACUUGACUGGUCUCCAGUCGCAGGUACCCAGGUACAAAGAGGCACUGGAGAUGAUUCUCGAUGUGGAACCUGAGGAUGAUGAGGAGGAAGAAGAGGAAGAGGAUGACGAUGACGAUGAGAUCUUGGGCGAUGAGCGCCCGGUCGAUUAUCGGCGGGCAGGCGAUCGACGACACGCUCGCGUGGCCAGCGAUUUAAGCGAUAUUGAGAGCUCUGCGGAGUUGCUGUACGGCUUAAUUCACCAGCGCUACAUCACCUCGCGACCCGGUAUUCAACAAAUGCUGGAGAAAUAUGAGAUGCAACAUUUCGGCGUCUGCCCUCGUGUCAAUUGUAACGGGUGUAAGGUGCUCCCCGUCGGCCGAUCUGAUACGCCCGGCCAGGAAACCGUCAAACUCUUCUGCCCCGGCUGCAUGGACAUCUACACUCCUCCUAACAGUCGCUUCCAUUCUGUCGACGGAGCUUUCUUCGGCACCACCUUUGGCUGCCUGUUCUUCAUGACUUUCCCCGAUCUGGACAUUGGACCUCGCCUAGACGCUUCCCUCGCAUCCGCCAUGUCACGAAACGCCUCACAACCGAACCGAUCCCCACCUCCUCAAGUACCCUUCGAGUCUCCUACGCCAGAGGAACAGCCCCUGGAAGUUAACGGCGUGCGCACCUCUAAUUUCUGUCCGGGACUCGGACGUGGCAAAAUCUACGACUCCAAGAUCUACGGGUUCAAGGUUUCCGAAGCCUCGCGAGUCGGCCCGCGCAUGAGAUGGCUGCGAAUGAAACCUAGGGAUAUGUAUGAGCUUGAUGAAACCGACAUUCACGAAAAAAUGGCUGCCCGAGCUGGCCCGGGUGAGCUUGCGGCACAACAACAAGGUGACAAAGACGGCGAUAUGGAAAUGAACCCGGCGCAAGCUCAAGAGGCGGCGAUUGCGAACCGGAAGAAAGCACCUAUGCGUCGGCGGCGGCGAGAGGCGGCAAACCUGACCCCCUCGGAUCGCAUGAGUGUCCAGGGAGCUGAAAUUGGUUGA